UGAAUAAUCCAUUGUGUGACUAUACCGCAUUGUAUUUAUUCAUCAGUUUGUGAAUAUUUGGUCAUUUCUGCUCUUUAACUAUUAUGAAUAGGUAACAUUUCUAUGAACAUUUGUGUGUAAGUUUCCUGUUAUCAUAUGUUUUUUAUUUCCCUUGGGUAGAUACCUAGGAGUAAAAUUUCUGGGUAAUAUGAUUUCACAUUUUGAGGAAUUAUCAUACCAUUUUCCAGUGUGUCUGCACCAUUUUAUAUUCCCACUGGCAACGUAUGAGGUUCCAGUUUCUCAACAUCUUUGCCAACACUUGUGUAUUGUCUGUCUUUUUUUAUUAUAGGCAUCCUACUGGAUAUGAAGUGGUAUCUUCUUGCGGUUUUGAUUUCCAUUUCCUCUGUGCCUAAUGAUGUUGAGAAUCUUUUCCUGUGCUUGUUGGUUAUUUGUAUAUACAUUUUCUUUGGAAUACUGUCUGUUCACAUUCUUUGCCUACUUAGGCUGUCUUUUUAUUAUUACUGAGUUGUAAGAGUACUGUGUAUUCUUGACACAAGUCCCUUAUUAGAUAUAUAUGAUCUGCAAGUAUUUUCUCCUAGUUUUUUAGUUUCUUGAUGGUAAGUUUGGCUUAUUCUUUUAAAAGGAUCUUAUUUCCAGAAGGAGAGUAUAGAAAAUCAAUGUGGCAAUAUCUGUAACCUUCUUGUAAAGAAAAUAUUAUUGUUCUUUCAUGAAUUUCUUUCUGUUUGGUAAAACAUACUGUUUUGGUAAAAGGUGUUUUUCUUCAGAUAAUAUGUUAAAUUGAAAACAAAUUGGCAAGCCAUCUCUUGAAUACAGCUUAAAAUGUUAGAUGUGUUUUAAUAUUUCCCUCUGCCUUUAAAAAUUAUGCACAUAAACAUAUCUUGAUCAUAUCAUCUAAAAUUAAGUGAUAUUCUGAUAUGAGCUAUGUUAGUAAAUGCUAAAAGAUAAAAAAUUGUGCAACUCAGUAAAAGUAUAAUUUUCAAAAAUAACUAUAAAGAAUCUGGGCCCUAUCAACUUGAGAAAACUUGAACUGAGUUCCAUUGCUUUUAAAAAUGCAAUUAUACUCAGGUAUGGUUUAUGAAAUGUGUUCUUUAAGGUGAGAAUGGCAAAGAGUUUGUCACCUUUCCAGGACCACCAGAUCCAGGCCUGCAGAUCUAAGACAGGACUGGAGAUCUGGCCUCCAAAGCCAGUUUUGCAGCUCUCUUGUCAGAUAGCAUGGCCUUGGGCAAGUCACUGAACUCUCUGGAAACUCCAGUUUGUCAGUGUGAAUAGCAGGAGUUCCUCUUUGCACAGAGAUGCUGUGAAGAUAAAUGAAGGCUGUGUAAAAGCUCUUAGGAGAGGUGCAGUGCCCUGCCAGUCCAGAGGCUGGUGUUUUUGUAAAGCUCUGAAAGGAAAUUUCUGACAAUCUCUGGGAGAGAAACUAAAUGAGAACCUCUGCCUUGUCCAGUUCUCUGUGUGACUACACUACUAGCUCUUGACUUUUCUGAGCAGGGCAUGCACCCUAGAACUAUUCUGGCUGUUAUCUCAGGGAUCCUAAAGAGUGAAUGAAUUGUCCAAGUCCUUCACAAGCAACAUCUAGGCAACAGUUUAAAUCAUAAUCUGAGAAAUUUUCAAUCAGUAAGCAGGUAUUUGCAUUAAAAGCAAAACAGAUGACAUCCUCAUCAAAGCACAAGGAUAAUUGCAAGUUGAAAUGACAUUUGACUAAAACAAGAGGGCCUGUAAGAAAGCAGCUUGGAAUUGUAGUCUUGGAAGAAAGCAGCUAAUUGCUUGCUCCUCUUGUCACUUGGCUUCUUUUAAGUGACUUAAGCAAGUCAAUCGCAGGCCACUCUGCUGAGCAUCUUCUCCCAGGAGUACCAGAAACACAUUAAGAGAACACAUGCCAAACAUCAUACUUCAGAAGCGAUUGAAAGUUAUUACCAGAGGUAUCUGAAUGGAGUGGGGGAAAAUGGAGCUGCCCCAGUGCUCCUGGAGCUAGCCAAUGAGGUGGAGUAUGCACCCUCAUUAAUGGCUCGGAUCAUACUGGAAAGGUUUCUACAAGAGCAUGAGGAAGCUCCACCCUCCAAGUCUGUUAUAAAUAGUAUGCUACGGGACCCUUCUCAGAUUCCAGAUGGAGUUCUAGCAAAUCAGGUCUAUCAGUGCAUCGUGAACGACUGCUGUUAUGGACCACUGGUGGACUGCAUCAAACAUGCCAUUGGUCAUGAGCAUGAAGUCCUGCUGAGGGACCUGCUUCUGGAGAAAAACCUAUCCUUCCUAGAUGAAGAUCAGCUUCGUGCAAGGGGUUAUGACAAAACACCAGACUUUAUUUUACAAGUACCAGUUGCUGUAGAAGGGCACAUAAUUCACUGGAUUGAAAGCAAAGCCUCAUUUGGUGAUGAAUGUAGCCACCAUGCCUACCUGCAUGACCAGUUCUGGAGCUACUGGAAUAGGUUUGGGCCAGGCUUAGUCAUCUACUGGUACGGGUUUAUCCAGGAGCUGGACUGUAACCGGGAGAGGGGCAUCCUGCUGCAUGCCUGCUUCCCCACUGACAUCGUCACCUUGUGCCACAGUGUUGCGUGACCCUGAUGGUCCUGGAAGAGAGGCUGGGAGGAAAAGGUGAAUCCGGAAGCAAUUUUACUUUCCUGCAGCGUAAACUCCUGGCAGCAUCUGCCCUGAACUUCAGCUGAACUCUUGCUGCCCGUGGUCACACCACUACCUCUUUAGACAAACAUAUCAAGAGUUUCUGUUUUCCUUCAUCCCUUGCUCAUGGGAACAGCCAAGAACUACAGACACAACCCACUCAUUAUCAGCAUUUCUGUCUCCGUCAAACAGUUAGUUUAUAGAUAGUCAUAAUCUUUCUUCCUUCCGGAUGGUUUCUCCUUAUAUACUGAACAAAAGAAAAAAUGUGGAGACUGAAAGGUGUGAUUUUUCAAUUCUCCGCCCAGUUACCAAAUCGCCCUCAUAUUUUUUUUUUUUUUGGCUAAGCCUGCAUUCAUUAUGUCUCCCUCCCCAUUUCUCUUCAUGUAGAGUUACAGAUACCCAGGGUUGCAUUACCGUCAUGGAAUAACCUCUCACGGUCCUAGCAAAGCCAAAGUCGUGAAGGCUACAACUAGAUUUUCUCGCCCACCUGCAAGGGCUGAUCUUGCUGGGAGCCUGAGUUUGUUUUGCCCAGUCUUUAUGGUUUCCUGACUUCUAUGGCAGUAAGCCAAGCUGAAAAAAAUAUAUUUGAUGAGAAUUUCUUCUUUUUAUAUUACUUGUUUGAACACCAAACAUUUUCCACUUAUCUCAUUUAAAAGCAUUAGUUAUGUUGUGUCUGGAAACCACGCUUCUCUUUUGGAUUGGGGGCUGAGGGCAGACAACUGAAGCUCGGGGCCAGCCUUGACAAGAGUUUAUUUUUAAACACGACUAAUUGUCUGUAGGUAUGGAUGGUAGUUGGUAUUUUUAUGAGUAAAAUUUUUCAAAAGUGCAUUCUUUACCCUGCUUUAUAUCUCCAUUUAUACCACAUAAUUAUAUAACACUCAAAUAAUUUAGGCAUUAGGGACGUUUGGCUUUGAAUGAAUUAAGUGUACCGAAAAUAAACCUAGAGCAGUUUUCAGGUUAGCAAAAUAAAAGAAGUUUUGUAUUUGUUCACUUUCAUUUAUUCACUUUUUAUACUGCAAACCAAAUUUCAAUCUGAAGGAAAACAUCAUUAUAAAUUCAUUAUAAACCUAUCUUUUAGGAAGGUAAAAAAUUAAUCCAUACCCAAAAAUGUAUUUAGUAAAAUUUUCCCCCAUGUUGACAAAAAAUAAUAUUCUUUAUAAUGUUGAGUGAGUUUGGAAAUAUUAGUAAAAAUGUAACUUUUACAAACACCC